AUGUCGUCCCAUGGCGGACAACAGAACUUCCCCUUCGGCUACCAACCCGAAAACCUCCACGGAAUCGGUUUACCUGAGUUCAUGACCCCGGGACCCCCUCCCGGCCAGCCUUUGCUUAAUGCGCACGAGAAUGAGGACCUGGACAACUUCUUCCAGGGCUUUGAUCAAAAUGCUGCGGCCAAUAAAGCACUUACGCAUGCUCAGUUCAAUCCCCGCCCCGGUCAUGACCAACUCUUUGACAUGCCUCCCAUGUUCGUGGGUUCGGAUACCGCGCUGGCCCAGCGGUCCAUCAUCGACCAGCAUCAGCUAACAGGAGCUGGAUUCCCAUAUGGCGAUGGCUUUCUAGGACAUGACAUGAACACCGUCUCACAGACGACUCCACUGGUCAGCGGAAUGCACGGUGUUUCCUACACUGAUGCAACAUUCCCAAAUCCCCUCAUUGCUCAACUGCAAUCCGCCGCAUCAAUGCAACCGGCAUACACUCAAGGUUGGCAACAACCCUAUCCCCCUCAUACCGCAAUUACCAUGCCUCCAGCAGGUCGCCUGGGGAUGGACUUUGGCACGGACUCUCGGUUUCAACCAACUGGCUAUGCAGCGCCUCACAAUCCCUUGGAUCCUGACCUGCCCCAAGGACUGCAGAUGAAUAACCCCAUUGGCGAAUGGCUGGAACCAGCAAGUGGAAGCACUACUCAGCCGAACACCCAGCCAAAUACCCAGCCAUCAAGUCCCACUUGGUCAAAGAAGAGAAAUUUCGACGACUUUGCAAGAGAUCAACUGCCUCGCAAUGGCGUGGUCGCCUCUGUCCAGCAAACUACCAUGACUCAACCGUCUCCAUCGCAAUCCAACCCUCGCAGGAAACGCUCUGAGACCAAGACUGAAAAAAGAACAUCAAUAUCUCAGCCACCAACACCGCUAUCCAAUAGCAAGCCGCACACCCCGCUCAACCCUGACAAGCCAGGAAUAGGCGAGCAGGAGCCAGAUCCUGAGGCAGAAGCCGAAAGAGAGGACGAUAAUGACACCACAGAACAACCCAGGUCACCCUCUCCAGCACCCUGGCCAGCGUCGAAAGCUCGUCCCCCUAAAAAUACAAAGGCUCCUCCACCAAAACCGCCUCGUAAAAAAACACCAAUCAAACCCAAAUCAAAGGUCCAGCGUCCCAGCAUCACCUCUGCCCGCGUACCUCUUAGUGUCGAGCAAAAGAAAGCCAAUCACACAAACUCGGAGCAACGACGUCGGGAUGCAACAGCUCGUGCAUAUGCUGAAUUGUACGACUUGGUGCCUGAACUCGAAGAAAUGGGGAAGCAGAGUACAAUGAAAAAGCUCGAGGUUGUUGUAGCCAAGGUCCAGCGUGUGAAGCAGAAAGUCGAAGAGCUAAGAGCCAAGGUCGGCAUCGACCCUAUCACUGGGAGGCCAGUCAGUGGUUCAAGUGGAGGACAAGGAAUGCUCUUGUACAGUGACGUUCCGGGGUGGCGCCAAUGA